AAUUGAAUCUACUGUAUCUGGUCGCAGAACAAGUGUAUGCACAUUUGUCAUUUUGCGCCACCAAAAGAGGCUCGUAUUUAGAUCAAUAUAUAGCUUUGCUACCACCUAGUGGACAUGACCAGUUGUAAAACAAAAGCAACAAAAUAAUCUGGCCAUUCACCUGGCGCGCGCCCUCCAACGGUUGUGUUGCUAUGGAGAAACCCCCAGCGAGGGACCUCAGCCUAAAACCGAUCGUGAUCGCAGGCCCUGUGAUCAGGGACAAGAAGUUUCUGCAAUGGCUGGGCAAGGUCCUAGAGCUCAGCUGGCUGCGGAACAAGGACAUAGAGGAGCGCAAGGGACUGUUGGGAGAGUUGCUUCCCUCCUUCGCCAACGGAGCUGUAGAGAGCAACGACUUCCUCUCCCUCCAGGAGAUCCUAGAAAAUAUGGAUGUGAACUGUGGGGACUAUGACGGCACCAAACCCCUGCUGAAGGCCUGUGAGAUCGGUAACCUGGACAUGGUCAAGUACCUGCUGGCCAAAGGAGCCUCCCAGCAUUUGAAAGACCGCUUCGGAAACACACCCCUACGCCUGGCCAUUAUCAACAGGCAUUAUGACGUCGUCAAGUUCCUGAGGAUGAGAGAGGCGUCACUGGCCAUGCCCUCAGUGAGGAUCGGCGUGGAGCUGCUGCAGGCGGUGGCCAAGAAAGACUACCAGCUGCUUCAUGCCUGGGCGCUGUCUGGAGUGGACAUGGACUCUAAGGACUACAAUGGACGCACGGCCAUGCACCUGGCUGUGAAGAUGAGGGACACAGUCAUGGUCCGCAGGCUGCUGGAGUAUGGGGCAACCCCGCUGGAGAUAGAUAUCUGGGGCCAGACUCCGGUGGACGAGGCCCGUAAAGGCAACAUGUUGAGGAUCAUGCUGGCGUUCCACCCCCUCUUCACUGAGCAGCUCACCACCAAGCUGGCCUACUUGACCUACAAGGCCCAAGCCCAGAGGAACAAGUAAUGGAAGAAGACCCUGAAGUUUGUCCCAAAUGGUACCCUAUUCCCUAUAUAGUGCACUACUUUUGACCAGGACCAUAGGGAAUAAAAUAAACACCGGGGCCAAUGAUAACAGUUGAAUAA